AUGCCGCGUGGCAAGAAUUACCGGCGCUCACUGGCAGCCCAAUGGAGAAUGGCAGAGCGGCGGACGGUGGUUCUUGGCAACCAGCGGGCUUCCAAUGCCAGUUUUGCACGCGGUGGUACAGGCUACCGCCAUAAAGUGCAUGAAUGGCCAAAAUCUCCCUUCACUGGGAGGCAGCACAAGUUGGUCAUUCCAGCCGAUUCUCCAGACAAGAAGUUUGUGCUCCUUGUAGGUGACUCCCAUUUGCAAAGCAUCGCAGAUGGAAUUGUACUGAUGCCAGAAGGAAGUCUUUCUUUUGGUGUCAUGUCUACCCCAGGGGCUUGUGCAACUGAGUUGAAGACCGAGGUGAUGAAUGCUUCUCUCUCUCGGACAACCGAAGCAGUCUGUCUCAUCGCCCCUAGCAACAACUUAACAUCCAGCCAGACCAUUGAAGAGGCCGGAGCAGACUUCAACUUGCUCCUGCGCAGUGUCUGCAGUUGCUGGUCUGAGGUGUUUGUCUUUGAUUUCCCGCUGCGCUUGAACUUCAACGGCGUUUGGCAGGAUCACAUGCGGCAAGAAUUUCAUCGUGUGGCAGCUCGUUUAGGUGUGAAGUACUUCUCAAUUGCCGAGUACUUUCCUUUUGAAAAGCUCGAACUUUGGAGCAGAGAUGGCAUCCAUUUGAGCGACAGCAAUGGAAUGCCCAUCUUUGUGGAAGUGUUGUUGCGUACUGCUAUCCAGCAACUUGCCACACCAGCAGUCACGCGACAGGUAACACCACAGGUUUCUUGGAGGCCGCCAAGAUUCAUUCCUAAAGUUGUGGUGAAGGAAGAUGUCACUGGUCCACGUCAGCCGCGUCGGCCAGAACCUUCUGGGUGGACGCUUGUUGGACAGGGUCGCAAGAGGCACCAAUCUGGGGAACUUGAGCAGUCCUUUGGUGCAUCUAAAAAGAGGAUGCUUCCACAACAGGUUAUGUUGAAGGAGUGUUCCAUCCCGCUAACACCAGUCACGUUUAGCAUUGCGAUGUUGGAUGCGAUGGAUAAAGUUGUUCCAUCCAAUUCCACCCCUGUGGAGAGCACAGUUCCACCAAGCUCAAAGAAACCGAAUGUGGAACGUCCUCGGAGGGCUGCUGCCUCCAAGACAAACCGGUCCAAGCAGCAGGUAACACCAGUGGCUGUGUCGUCUGCAAAGGCUUCAAUUUCCAGGGCUGCAGAAGUGGUUGCGCUGGACUCAGGUUUCCCUACACUGCACACUGGGUCCAAGAAAGGUAAGGGCAAUGCUGAAAAAAACAUCAAAGGUAAGAGGGAUGUUGAUCCUACUGCUGGCAUGUGUUCAGAAAAGUUGCAAUCCUCCGUUGUUGCUGGGACUAAAGUCAGGGCUGCAUCAUUUCCUUUAGAUUAUAAUGCAUUGAUGGCAUGUAGUGUUGCGGCUGUGAUCAAACAUGGAAUUGCUCCUGUUUGUACAUGGCAAAAGUUAGAUGUUGAUGACAUACAUGCAGAAGGGAUGAAGUUCAAUGCUUACGUCACUAAAGCAAGCCAGGAAAGUGGUAAACAUAAGGAAAUGUGUAAAUUGAUUGAACAGCACUGUUUGUUUGGCAGGAGCUCUAAAGUACGUAUUGGAAAGCCAGUUUACGGAGAUUUUGGGUUGUUGGAAGAUGAGACUGUGCUUUACGAAAAGCUACAAGAACAUCUGUUGAGGGAUGGAAUGUGUCUGUUGAAUCUCCAAGGUGCAGUUUGUGCAGUUAUUCAUCACGGAGAUCUUUUUGAUGUAGUCGAUUGUGGCACACGUGACGCAUCUGGUUUGGCAGCCACUUUUGGCACAUCUGUGGCUGUUUUCAACACAUGCCUCAAUGACCUGAUGCUUCACAUCUUUAGUUUAAAGAAUUCUUUGAAGGCACAGUUGUUUGGCGUAAGUAGCAUUUCUGUGACGGCGGGGCAAGUUGAUCUUGACAGGCAGAAUGGUACUAGCUCUGUCGGGAUUGAACAUUACAUAGGAUCUGUCAGGGGAUCAUUCCAUCAGGGGGAUUCUCGGUUCCAAUACGGAGGACUUCAGUGUAUGGCUAUAGGUUUGGUAGGCCUAGCAAAACAUACAAUUGACAGUGUGUUUUCAUGGCAGUCGGACAACUUGGAUGAAGUGGUAGUUUUAGGUGACAACUUGUACACCUCUUUGCGGGACAGCAACUUAAUUGCUGAUGUGUCCAAAAUGCUGUGUGUUCCAGAUUUGCCCAAACAGUCCGUUAUUGACGGGCACAAGUUUGAGUUUGAAUAUGGUGACUAUGUCACUGGAGAGGUCGAUGUUGUUGAGGGAGAGCUUAUUGAGGCAGGUGUGUACACAACUUUAAGAAAUGGGUUAGAUAAAAUAUGCAUGAAAUAUAACACAUGCUUUCUGACAUUGAAUGGUAGUACAUGUGCAAUCAUUGGUCAAGAUGGACAGUACGCUGUGGUUGACUCUCAUGCACGCAGUGUGACUGGGUUGAUUGAUGAGAAAGGGCAGAGUGUUGUUGUGUAUUUUAGUUGCCUUGAACACGUAUAUGAUCACAUUUGCAAAUUCACAACUAUUUUUAGAAAAACUCAAAAGCUUUUUGAGAUUGCUGGUGUCCGUGUUUCUGACAAAGGUUCUGUUUUUUCCUUGGGUCUGAGCGUGAAUCUUGAAUCAACAGUGAGUGGUGAGAGUAAGUUGGGUUGUGCUUUACCUCAAAUGAGUACUCUUCAGCCAACACUUGGCUACACCAAGAGUCAGAGACGUUCAAAGAGGAAAAGAUCCUCAGGAACAUUUACAUCUAAGAAAAUUAAAAGUAGUGAUGUUUCAGAGGUAGUACAUGUAGGUGAUGAUUCAGAUGUAGAGUUUGUAGGUGAGGAUGUGAGUAGCAAACUGCAGUUUAAUCCUCUUUGUAAGGAAGUUGCACAAGCUCUGUGCACACAGUUGAAUGUCGAAUCAGAGAAUCAAGUUGAUUUAGUAUCUACAAAUGUUGGUGAGUUAGGGCCUCCAUGUAAUAAUGACAAAAUUGUCGGGGAUGGAAGCUGUUUCUUUAGAGCAGUCAGUCAAGCUGUGAGUGGUACACAGAGUUAUCACAAAGAAAUUAGACGUUCUGUGGUGAAGCAGUUGGAAAGAAAUAGUUUGUUAUAUGAGGGAAUGUUGAGAACUGAGUAUUCAUCAAUGGCAGAAUACCUCAGCAUUUCUAAAAUGCACUUAGUUCGCAGUUGGGCGACAGAAAUUGAGAUUCAAGCAGCAGCAGAUUGUUUAGGAGUAAAUAUAUUCACAUAUUGUAAUGGACGCUGGCUUGAAUACAAUUGCAAGAAUAGGCAGUUGUCAAAUCAGGGAGUGUAUUUGGAAAAUUGCAAUGGUAACCAUUAUGAGACAGUAGUCUGUGUUAAACAACCCCAAAAUCAGAGUUGUUAUGGCUAUUGCAAAGUAGUGACUCCUUAUUCUAGGGUGUACAAUUUUAGAACACAAAGUAGAAAGCAGAAUAAUGUCAUAGACCGGGAGCAUAGUAUAUUGUCUGGAAUGGACACAGAUUGUGUGGUAAUGUCUAGGGAUGUGAGUAAUGUGGCAUUAGAAUUUAAUCAUUUGUCUACUAAAGUUGCAAAAACAUUGUGCAGUAAGUAUAAUGUGGAUUUUGUAAAGCAGGAUGUGCAAGGGCCAACAGUGUCUGGUUCUUUGGGUAAUGUAUGUAAGACAGUUAAAGUUGUAGAGAACGGCAGUAGUUUCUUUGGAGCAGUAGCUCAAGUGAUCAGUGGUUCCCCAAAGAGUCAUAAAAAGAUAAGACUUGCUGUAGUUAAGUAUAUGAAAAGUCACAGUGAAGAACACGUGCAGUUAGUUGGAACAGGAUAUGCUUCGAUAUCAGAGUAUAUUGAACGGAUCGAUUCGCGGAUGAUGUAUGUUGCCACUUUUGCCACAGACGUAGAAUUCCAGGCAACAGCAAAUGCUUUUGGCGUGGACAUUUUCAUAUACAAAGGUGACAGAUGGCUUACAUACAGCUGUAAGGGAGCGAUAUUUUCAAAUCAAGGCAUUUACUUAAAACGCAAUGAGCUAAAUUAUUUUGAGUCAGUGGUUUGUGUCCAGCAUGUUGAUGAGCAGAGAUGUUAUGAGUUGUGUAAAGUGGGUAAUUCAUCCAAGACUAGGUACAUGUGUACAAGUAAUUCAGAAAAACAGCAGCCGAGUACUCAUAAAAAGCGUGUUACAGAAGGUAACAAAUUGAGGAUGAAACAAAAGAGAAAAAUGGCAGGGCAAUUUGAUUAUGUUAUGGAGCAGUUUUUAGAUAAAGUAAAAGAUGGGCCGUAUUUUGUGUGUUGCGUUUGUCAUAGAUUGUUGUUUAAACAUCAAGUCUUGAACUGUAAAAGCGAUGAUUGCAAGAUGAAGGAAGGUAUAGCGUUAAUUGCAGAUAAAUGUAUUUCUCAGGAUUAUUUACACACGUGUAGUAAAGAUUGUGUAUUGCCAUGCCAGUGGUUGGAUUCGCCUAGAGGUCAGCUGUGGAUUUGUCACACAUGUCAUUAGAUAAAUAGAGGUGAAGUGCAACCUGAAUGUGCACAGAACAACUUGGCAGUUCAUCCUAUUCCUAAAGAAUUGGAGUGUUUGAAUAGUUAAGAGGGACAUUUGAUUGCGUUACACAUUCCAUUCAUGAAGAUGUUGGCAUUACCUAAAGGUUCUCAAAACGGGAUCCACGGGCCGGUGACCUGCGUUCCAGCAAAUAUUGUACAAACUAGUAACUUGCUGCCACUGUCUAACAUGGAAGGAUCUUUGUUGCCUGUAAAGUUAAAACGCAAGUUAACCUAUAAAGGACAUUAUGAAUAUCAGUAUGUUGAUACUAUGCACAUUAGGCAGGCUUUGCAUUGUUUAAAGGAGACAAAUCUUCAUUAUAAAGAUGUAGUGUUUAAUGAAGCAUGGUUAAAUAAGUUUUGUAGGGAAGCAGAUGCUGAUGCUUUAAACAACAACAGUGAGUCUAAUGUAGAAAGGGAAGAACAAUCUGACUGUGGGGAAGAUGAACUUCUACAUGAUAGACAGCAACAUUGUAUGUUUCAGGACACGUGUCUCAUACCUGUUGAUAUUGGUCAGGAAGCGUUGGAUCAAUAUUUUGAUGAUAUAUUGAAUUUGGCUCCCGCAGAAGGAAAUAGUCCUGUGAAAUUGUUGACUGAUCAUACCAAUGAAGCCAAAUGCUUCCCAGUGUUGUUCCCAAACGGGUGCUCUACAUACCAUGAUAGUAGACAGCAUCGUUUGACAAGGUCGCGUUAUUUUAACAACAGGAUUUUACAUGCUGAUGGUAGAUUUGCAAAAAAUGUUGAGUUUAUCUUUUUUGGGCUGUAUAGUUAUGAGCUUGAACAAAUUGUGUCAAAUGUAUCUAUAGCUUUACGGAAAGGAAAAUCAGGUGGUAGAUCUCAAAAAGUUAUUGAUGUUUUGAGCAAUGAGGAAUCUUUAAAGAAGUUGUUGGAGUUUGAUGAUGGCUACCGUUUCCUUAAACCUAUUAGAGGUACCCCAGCUUUUUGGCAGGGAGCACAGCGGGACCUGUUGGCUUGCGUUCGUCAGCUCGGUGUCCCGACAUGGUUUUGUUCAUUUUCCUCUGCUGAUAUGCGGUGGAAAAGUCUUCUUAAUAGUAUUUUGAAACCGGAAGGAAGAACACAGACAGUUGAGGAUUUAGAAUGGGCAGACCGAUGUGAGCUUUUACGUUGUCAUCCUGUCACUGCAGCAAGAAUGUUUGAUUUUCGCUGGCAUUGUUUUUUGAGGGAAGUGCUGAUGUCUCCAUCACAUCUUGGCAAAAUUAAGGACUACUUUUAUAGGGUGGAAUUCCAGCAGCGUGGUUCACCACAUGUCCAUUGUCUAUUUUGGAUUGAGAAUGCUCCCUUAAUUGAUAAAAACACAGAUGAAGAGGUAAUUCAGUUUAUUGAUCGGUAUGCUACUUGUGAAUUACCGUCACAAGAUGAGCUCUUAAAGGACAUUGUGACAUCUGUGCAACAGCAUUCAAAGCGACACUCAAAAACUUGUAAAAAGAAUAAAACGGUUUGUCGUUUCAAUUUCCCCAGGCCAGCGUCCACUCAAACAUUUAUAUGUCGUAGCAUCGUUGAAGACGAGAGCAAAAACAUGUGUACAUGUACAGUUGAUGCAGCUCAUGGGAUGGCAGAUUGUGCAUGCAAGAAACAGGGGCAGGAACAACCUCCAAAAAUGGAAAAAGAGAAAGCAUCAAAGAUUUUGACAGCAAUUAAGGAUGCUCUAUCAGAUGUGCAUGCUAGCUAUGAUAGUGUGGAAGAGUUGUUUAGGCAUUUAGGUAUAAAUCAAACGGUUUUUGAAGCUGCAUAUAAUCGUUUUGGUAGGAAAACACAUGUCGUGUUGAAAAGGCAGGUUAAUGAGGUGUGGAUUAAUCAAUAUAGCAAACUACUGUUAAAAUGCUGGAAUGCAAAUAUGGACAUCCAAUUUGUUGAUGUGAUAAAUGUGUAUAAAUGUGCAGUUUUUAUCAUUUCUUAUAUGUCAAAGGAUGAAAAAGAUGUGGGACUAUUCUUGGUCAAUGCACUUCGGGAAGCAGCUAAGGAAGGAAAUUUAAGUGCAAAAGAUGCAUUGAAAAAUUUAGGUAGUGUGUAUUUACACAACAGAGAUGUGUGUGCUCAAGAGACUGUGUAUAGGUUAACAAAUAUGCAUCUGAAGGAAUGUUCAAGGAAAGUUGUGUUUGUGCCAGUAGGGGAUAAUGUGGUGAAAAUGAGUUUGCCUUUAAGUGUGUUAAAACAAAAGGCAUCAUCACAAGAUCUUAGCACAGAAGAGAUGUGGAUGACUAGUUCUGUGGAUAGGUAUAAGAAGAGGCCAAAAGAUGCUUGUUUUAAUGAGAUGUGUAUGGCAACGUUUGCAUCGGAGUACCGUGUUCUGUCUAAAAACGAAAGGUCUGUUAACAGGAUAAAACUUGAAAAUGAUUGUGGUUUUAUUAUGAAAAGAACGCGUACACAACCUGCAGUUAUUCGUUCCGUGCGCUUUUCUGAGACAAAGAGCCCAGAGUUGUUUUAUCAGAGUAUUCUGCAAUUGUUUCUGCCAUAUCGGGAAGAUGUGCAGUUAAAACCCAGAGGUUUUGAGAAGUAUGAAGAGUUUUACAGUAGUGGUCGUGUGAGAUUAAGGGAUGGAUUGUUACAUUUGGUCAAGUCUGUUGUUAAUUUAAAUAGAAACAAAUUUGAAAUAGAUGCAGAUGAGUUGGACGAUAUCCAAAAUGCAGUUGAUAGGGAUGGUGUUGAAGAAGAUGCCUGGUGUGAGCUGUGCCCAGAGCAAGAAAUGGAACGUUUAGAGUGUAAACAGCUGAUUGAGGAUAACAUUCAGAUGUUGGAUGAAGACAUAGAAAAUAUUCCGGAUUUAGGGGUGAGUAGGGAUCAAGUUGCACAUUUGGAAAAGAAAAAUAACAUCCUGUGCAGAAGUGAUGGUCUGGCGUUACUACGAUCUCUGAAUGAGACACAGAUGUGUAUUUUUUAUCAGAUUAGACAGUGGUGUUUAGAUAAGGUAAUUGGGAAAAAGCCAGACCCAUAACGUGUGUUCAUUACAGGUGGUGCAGGGACAGGAAAGAGCCAUUUAAUAAAGGCUAUCCAGUAUGAGGCAAUGAGGUUGUUUCACCCAGAAGAUACUUGUGUUGUGUUAACUGCGCCAACAAGGAUAGCUGCGUACAAUUUACAUGCAGCUACUAUUCAUAACACAUUUAGUAUUGGGAAAGAUGUACGCUUACCGUACACGCCUUUGAGUGAAGAAAAGGUUAAUUCCUUACGUGCUAAAUAUAGUAGCUUGCAGAUUUUGGUAAUUGACGAAAUCUCCAUGGUUGAUCAUAAGAUAUUGGCUUAUAUCCAUGGUAGGUUACGACAGAUUAAACAAGCUGUAUAA